GUAAAUUUGAUGAUUAUUUGUAUAGCAGCUCUUUGGGGAUGGGCACUAGUUUACACUUCUUUUGAUUUUUAACUAGUGUUCAUUUGAUUUUUUGUUUGUGGGUUUUUGGUGAAAUUUUGGAUGGUGAUGAUGUAAAGACAAGGACCAAGAGCAAUUCAUGAAGCAACUGCUUUACUACCUGGGUGCCUUUGCUGGUGGAAUUCCGUAUUAUAUGAAGACUGGAGAAUGUAAGUAUGGUGCACAAUGCAGAUUCCAUCACCCAAUUGAUAGGCCAGCAGUGGCAUUGUCAACAACAAAGCCAUCUCAACAAGAAAAUGUGAAGCUAACGCUUGCUGGACUACCUAGGAGAGAGGGUGCCGUUAUCUAUGUGUAUUACCUUAAAACCGGCGCAUGCAAGUAUGGUGCAACCUGCAGAUUUGACCACCCACCUCCUGGCGAAGUUGUAGCAAUGGCAGCUUCACAAGGAAAAUCUGAUUCUACCGGAGGGAAAGCAUAAGCAACUGAAUGCACACAGGAACAGCAGCAGUAGGUCCCUAGCUAGAAUGAAGAAGUGAUGAGGCCUCGAAGGAGGUCUAUGGCAAAAUUAUUGCCAUCUGCCAUGGUCUAUUUCAGUAUUUUGUACUAUGUUUCUGAGCCAUCAUGGUUUAUAAAUUGCCCAGUCAGCCAUUCUUUAUGCUCUGCGUAUAAGGUGCAAGUGUUGACCGAUUGGAUAACGUGAGGUAUUUUGUUCUCCUGUAUUAAGUGAGUCUAUGCAUGUACUUUGUAUCAGAGUGAUGAGUUUCAGUGCUAUGGUUUUAUGAAAGUUUGCUCUGCCCUCUGCUUCUUCCUUC